AUGGGUAGAGGUCUGUCUACAGCUGUGUGUGUAGGGGCUUGCAUUGUCUUGUGUGCUUACAUGUUUAUCUGUAUGCCACCUCGUAGGAAGGACAAAGCACCGAGAGGCCAAGAGAGUGGGCCUGUAGUUGGACGGUCUGGGGAGAGUUCUGCAUUUCACCCUAUGGGACAGGGAGGUUUGCCACCGCUGGUGAUGUCUGCAGGGGAAGAUGAGACAAAAAGACGUCUCAAACUUAUCUCCAUAUUUGUCAGGCUCAUGCCUACACUGUUUGAAGGUGGGACUGAUCCGUUGUUGGCAGAUGAUUGGUUUAACCCGGUGGAAAAGCAUAUUGAUGCUCUGGCACUUGAAAAUGAUUCUGUGAAGAUUCUGUUGGCUACCUACAACUUUACUAGGGAUGCCAAAUUGUGGUGGAAGUUAGUGUCUAUUAGAGUGGACGUGAAGACAUUAUCGUGGGAUGCUUAUAAGGAGUUAUUUUACAAUAAGUUCUUUCCUACAACUAAAAGAUGGGAGCUGCACAAGGAGUUUAUCUCUCUGUUCCAGAACAAUUCUAUGACAGUGACAGACUACGAGAAUAAAUUCACUUCUCUUUCUCGUUUUGCUUCAGAGAUUGUAAGUAAGGAAUCAGAUAAAGUCCAUAAGUUUGUAGAGGGACUCCAUCAUCAGAUUAUGACUUUUGUGGCAGCACAGUGCCUACAGACUUAUCCUGAGGCUGUAGAAAGGGCAUUGAUUGUUGAAGCUGAGCUGAAUGAUAAAAAUCAAACUCGGGAUCAGUGGAAGCGAGACGAGCCAGUGGUUCAGGGGCUGAGGAGACCAUUUCAGUCUGCUACAAUACAGUCUGGGUCUAAACCACCACAGCCAACUUCAUCUUCACGGGGAUCGAGACCAGUUGGGAGGGGUAGUUUUACAGGGACUAGUCAGCAGUCCGGGGUUCAGGCUGGAGGUUCACAGGCUCAGAUAUCCCAAGGCCGAGUGUAUGCACUUCUUGAGACAUCUUCAGGACCGUCAGUGGUGAGGGGUAUGUUUCCAGUCUUUAGAUCUUGGGCUCGUAUUUUGUUUGAUUCUGGUGCAUCUCAUUCAUUCAUUUCAUGCACAUUUGCACUUGCAUCAGGAUUGGAGGUUGGCUUUUUGGACCGAGUGUUGAGUGUUGAUACGCCAGUCAGUGGUUCAUUAGUUGUGAGCAGAGUGGUGCGAGAUUGUGCCAUUGUGAUUGCUGGGUGGACUUUGGUUCUUGAUCUUAUCCUUCUUGAGAUGACAGGGUUUGACAUCAUUCUUGGGAUGGAUUGGUUAUCAUCAUUUCAUGCCACCAUUGAUUGCUUCAGUGGUAGAGUUUCAGUGUAUACGCCGGAGGGAGAUUGUUUUGUGUUUGUGGGAGAUCGGGGUGAUUCCUUGGUUUCAGCUUGUUAUGGUGUUCGUGGUUGGGACUGUUGUGAUUUCUUCUUAGCUAGCAUUUUAGCUGAAGAAAAUGGUGAUGUGGGGACAGUUUAUCCGUCAGUUGUUUGUGAGUUCUUGGAUGUGUUUCCGAAUGACUUACCAGAUUUACCUCCUAGAAGAGAGGUUAAGUUUGCGAUUGACUUAAUGCCUGGUACUGCACCAAUUUCUAUGGCUCCGUAUCGUAUGGCACCAGCAGAGCUGGAGGAAUUAAAGAUGGAUGAUUUGAGGUUGAAGGGUUUUAUUCAGCCUAGUGUUUCACCAUGGGGCGCGCCAGUGUUAUUUGCAAAGAAAAAUGAUGGUCCUAUGAGGUUGUGCAUUGAUUAUUGAAAAUUGAAUCAUGCAACCAUCAAGAACAAGUAUCCUUUACCGUGGAUUGAUGAUUUGUUUGAUCAGUUGAGGGGAGCUAUUUGCUUUUCCAAGAUUGAUCUGAGAUCUGGUUACUACCAGUUACGAGUUCGGGAUGAGGAUAUUCCGAAGGCAGCUUUUUGUACGCGGUAUGGUCAUUAUGAGUUCCUUGUGAUGCCUUUUGGUUUGACGAAUGCGCCAGCGGCAUUCAUGGAUCUGAUGCACCGUGUCUUUCAUAGAUAUCUGGACCAGUUUGUGGCAGUGUUUGUGGAUGACAUUUUGGUGUAUUCACGAUCUCGAGAGGAUCACGAGAUCCAUCUGAGGAUAGUGUUACAGAUGCUGAGAAAGCACCAUUUGUAUGCCAAGUAUUCCAACUGUGAAUUUUGGCUGCAAGAGGUGAAGUUUUUGGGACAUGUUGUUUCGGAUAAUGGGGUGUCAGUUGAUCCUUCGAAGAUAGAAGCAGUUCUAGAUUGGGAACGUCCCAAGAAUGUGUAUGAGAUUCGGAGUUUUCUUGGCUUAGGGGGUUAUUACCGCAGGUUUGUGAAGGACUUUUCUCGCUUAGCUGCUCCUAUGACUCGGAUGACCCGAAAGGGAAUCAGAUUUGAUUGGACUGAAGCUUGUGAGUUAUCUUUUUAGGAGUUGAAGACUAGAUUGACUACAGCUCCAUUAUUGGUGAUACCUGAGCGUGGCUUGGGUUAUGUUGUCUUUUGUGAUGCUUCUCGGGAUGGUUUGGGCUGUGUGUUGAUGCAGGGUGGUAAGGUAGUGGCUUAUGGAUCUAGACAGUUAAAGAUUCACGAGCUUAACUAUCCCACCCAUGACUUAGAGUUAGCAGCAGUUGUUUUUGCUUUGAAAAGCUAGAGGCAUUAUUUGUAUGGUGAGAGAUUCGAGGUGUUCUCAGAUUACAAAAGUCUCAAGUACCUUUUCUCUCAGAAGGACUUGAAUAACAAGUAGAGGCGAUGGGUUGAAUAUUUGGAAGACUAUGAUUUUGAUUUGCAGUAUCAUCCGGGUAAGGCGAAUGUGGUAGCAGAUUCCUUAAGCUGGAAGUCUCGUGGAGUUUUGGCUGCGUUAGCCAUUCGGAAAUGAAAGUUGUUGGAGGAUCUAGCAGAGAUGGGAUUACAGUGUUAUGAUGAUAGUGUUGGUUAUGAGUUAGCCUUUCUUUUUAGUCUUGUGGUUCAACCUACUCUUAUUACACGGGUAAUUGAGGCACAGAGACAGGACUCAGAUUUAGCUAUCAUUCAUUAGUUGAUUUCAAGUGGGGACACAGUAAAGGACUGGACCUUACACACGGAUGGUGGUUUACGGUUCAGAGGUUUGCUUGUGGUUCCUACGGUUUGUCGGGAGGAUGUGUUACGGGAGUUUCACACUUCUCGUUUUACUGUGCAUCCAGGUGGUACUAAAAUGUAUCAUAAUUUAAAACGCCAGUAUUGGUGGAAUGGGAUGAAGGCAGAUGUAGCUCAGUUUGUUGCCAGAUGUCUUACUUGUCAGCAGGUAAAGGCAGAGCAUCAGAGACCUGCAGGUUUGUUGUAGCCAUUGCCAGUAGUACAGUGGAAAUGGGAAUGUAUUGCUAUGGAUUUUGUGACAGGACUUCCGAGGUCACCAAGGGAUAAUGAGUCUAUUUGGGUCAUUAUUGUCUGUUAAGGCGACAGAUUCUGCUGAGGCACUUGGCAGAUUGUAUGUUAAAAAGAUUGUCAGAUUGCAUGGGGUUCCAUUGUCUAUUGUUUCGGACAGGGAUGCCAAGUUCACAUCGAAGUUCUGGGAAGGGCUUCAUGCAGCGUUUGGUUCACCGUUGCAUUUUAGUACGGCAUUCCAUCCGCAGACGGACGGCCAGUUGGAGCGUACUAUCUAGAUCUUGGAAGAUAUGCUUCGGGCCUGCGUACUUGAUUUUGGUGGUAAUUGGGAGGAUCAUUUACCUCUUGUUGAGUUUGCCUAUAACAAUAGCUAUCAGUCGAGCAUUGAGAUGGCUCCUUUUGAGGCAUUGUAUGGUAGGCCUUAUCGUUCUCCUGUUUGUUGGACUGUGGUGGGUGAGACAGCUGCCUUAGGGCCAAACAUUGUCUUGGAAACCAUUGAAAAAAGUAAGAUGAUUCGGCAACGGUUGUUGACUACUCAGAGCCGACAAAAAAGUUACGCAGAUAGACGGAGACGACCAUUAUCUUUUGAGGUGGGAGACCACGUGUUUCUCAAGGUUUCUCUAUGAAAAGGAUUGCUACGGUUUGGAAAGAAUGGCAAGUUGUCACCUCGUUUCAUUGGGCCAUUUGAGAUUUUGGACCGGGUGGGCGAGGUUGCUUAUAAAUUGGCAUUGCCACCACUGAUGGAUAGGGUCCAUAAUGUGUUUCAUGUUUCGAUGUUGCAGAAGUAUGAGCCGGAUCCAUCACAUGUAUUGAGUUGGGUUGAUGUUGACAUUGAUGAGGACGUUUCUUACGAGGAGGGACCCGCUCAGAUUCUUGACACUCGGGACAAAGUGUUAAGGGCUAAAACGGUGACUCUCGUGAAGGUUUUGAGGCGACAUCACGGUAUUGAGGAGGCAACGUGGGAACGGGAACAGGAUGUUUGUUCUGCGUAUCCGAGUUUGUUUUCUUCACCAGGUUUGGAAAGGGGUGUUAAAAGAAGAGGGUUUUGGUUGCAAACAGAGGGUUUUGAUCCAUUUUUGGUGUGGUUUUGAAUUGUUGAGCAAGUGUUCAAGCUUCCUUCGAGGUCAUAGCAUGGAUGGUGUGAAGGGUGUUCCUCCUCCGCUAUAGACAGAGUCGGGGCUGGUGUUGUUAUGUUAUAUUCCACAUAAUAGACUAUGUUUUGUAUUAUAUUUCCUAGAAUUUUCCUAACAUGUAAUAAAUUUUCUUUCAGACUUUAAAACUUUAAAGUUUUAAUAUUUGUAUCUUA